AGUCAGCGGCCAAGCCCCUCAACACGACUAUAUUUCUCCUGAAAUCCAUCGGCCCAACAGGAUUUCUGUUUAGAGAGAGGCCAGGAAUCUCAAGCAUGGACUUGUGGAGAGACAGAUCUUGGAGUUGUUUAAUGGUUUACACCAAACCGAAGCCCACCGGAUGGAACAUGAUCCGCCUGCUGCUUUUAGGACCCCGAGCCAACCAGUCACGGGCCAGAGGGCUGGAAGUGUCUGCCGGAUAGUGAUCCAAGCCCAGGAUGUGUGCACUAUCUGUCAAGAAGGGCUGCGGUGUGUCUUGCUGCAGGUAACAGAGAGCCAUGCAGACCCUGAAACCACGCUGCUGUCCUUCCUCAGAGAGAAGCUGAGGUUAACUGGAACCAAGUAUGGCUGUGGCGGCGGAGGCUGCGGGGCGUGCACGGUCAUGGUGUCGCGCUACCAACCUGCCACCAAAACCAUCAGACAUUAUUCAGCCAACGCCUGCCUCCUGCCGCUCUGCCAGCUUCACGGAGCCGCCGUCAUCACGGUGGAGGGCGUCGGCAGCACCAAGACCAGGAUCCACCCUGUACAGGAGCGAAUAGCGAAGGCUCAUGGCUCCCAGUGUGGCUUCUGCACUCCAGGGAUGGUGAUGUCCAUGUACGCCCUGCUGAGGAACAAGCCUCAGCCCACCAUGGAGGACAUCACGGAGGCUCUGGCUGGUAAUCUGUGUCGUUGCACCGGAUACCGGCCCAUUGUUGACGGCUGCAGGACUUUCUGUCAGGAGGCCGACUGCUGCCGAGCCAACGUAGCUGCAAACUGUUGUCUCAAUGGAGAAGGAGAUGAAGCAGAGCAUGAAAAGCCACAGUUGUUUGACAAGGAAGUGUUUCUUCCUCUCGACCCGACGCAGGAGCUGAUCUUCCCCCCUGAACUGAUCCUGAUGGCAGAAUCGGGGAACCCACAGACACUCACUUUUCGUGGGGAGAGGGUGAGCUGGGUGUCUCCUGUCUCUUUGGAGGAGCUGGUCCAGCUCAAGACCAGUAACCCUGAAGCUCCACUGGUCAUGGGAAACACCAACACAGGUCCAGAUAUGAAGUUCAAAGGCGUCCUGCAUCCUCUGAUAAUCUCUCCAGCGAGAGUUAAGGAGCUGUUUGAGGUCACUCAGACUCCGCAGGGCGUUUGGGUGGGAGCGGGCUGCAGUCUGUCCGAGGUCCGGUCUCUUUUGGAGAAUCUACUUCCUCAGUUUCCAGAGGAGAAGACCGAACUGUUCAGAGCCGUGAUCCAGCAGCUGGGCAACCUGGGAAGCCAGCAGAUCCGUAACGUUGCUUCUCUUGGGGGAAACAUUGUAAGUGCAUACCCAAACUCAGACCUGAACCCCGUUUUGGCUGCUGGGAACUGCAAAGUGAGCGUCAUUUCUCACGGAGGAAGACGAGAGGUUCCUCUGAAUCAAGACUUCUUCGUGAGCUUUGGGAAAACCACCCUGAAGCCGGAGGAGGUUGUUGUUUCAGUCUUCAUUCCCUUCACCAGAAAGGGGGAGUUUGUCCGAGCUUUCCGUCAGGCUCCGAGGAAGGAGAACUCCUUCGCCACAGUGACGACCGGCAUGAGAGUGUUCUUCUCGGAGGGAUCCAGAGCGGUUCAGGAUAUCAGCAUUUACUACGGAGGAAUGGGGCCGACCACCAUGAGCGCCGCCAAAACCUGCGCAGCCAUCGCCACAAGGCCCUGGAACGAUGAGACCCUCAGCCGGGCCUAUGACGUCCUGCUAGAUGAGUUGGUCCUCCCUCCUUCUGCUCCUGGAGGAAAGGUGGAGUUUCGUCGCUCUUUGACGCUCAGCUUCCUCUUCAAAUUUCACCUGGAGGUCCUGCAGAAGCUCGGAGAAAUGAACAAGAUUACAGAUGAGAAGAUGCAGAUACAGCCUUUACCCAGAGAGAUCCAACCCAGUCUGCAAGAGUUCCAGCAUGUGUCAAAGGACCAGAGCAACCAGGACCCAGUGGGGCGUCCCAUCAUGCAUCGCUCCGCCAUCAGCCAGGCCACGGGCGAGGCCAUGUACUGUGACGACAUCCCCAGAACAGACGGGGAGCUCUUUCUGGCUCUGGUCACCAGCUCUCGAGCGCACGCUAAAAUCAUAGGGCUGGACGCGAGCGAGGCUCUGCGGGUUCCCGGCGUCGUCGAUGUCAUCACGGCCAAAGAUAUUCCUGGGAAGAAAGUCCGCUCGAUGUUUGGUUAUCACGAGGAGCUGCUUGCUCAGAGCGAGGUGUCAUGCGUCGGUCAAAUGUUAUGUGCUGUCGUCGCUGAUACGAGGGCACACGCCAAGCGGGGAGCAGCGGCUGUGAAGAUCAGCUAUGAAGACCUGCCUGACCCGGUUUUUACCAUCGAGGAAGCCGUCGAGAAGUCGUCUUUCUUCGAGCCUCGGAGGGUGAUCCAGAGAGGAGACGUGACCGAAGCCUUUAAAACCGUUGAUCAGCUUCAUGAAGGAGAGAUUCGAAUCGGCGGCCAGGAGCAUUUCUACAUGGAGACCCAGAGCAUGCUGGUAGUUCCUGUUGGUGAGGAGACAGAGUUCAACAUCUACGUCUCCACUCAGUUUCCAACAUUAGCUCAGGAAGCAGUUGCGGAGACGUUGGAUAUCCCGUCCAACAGAGUCACCUGUCACGUCAAAAGGAUGGGCGGGGCUUUCGGUGGGAAGGUCACUAAAACCGCGAUACUGGCGAGCAUUACGUCACUGGCUGCGUGGAAGACCAAUCGCGCCGUGCGCUGCGUCCUGGAGCGAGGCGAGGACAUGUUGAUCACGGGAGGUCGUCAUCCCGUCGUGGGAAAAUAUAAAGUGGGUUUCAUGAACGACGGAAGGAUCGUGGCUGCAGAUCUCCAGUACUACGCCAACGCUGGAAACACUCUCGAUGAAUCUGUUCUGGUGGUAGAAAAAAUACUGCUUCACAUGGACAACGCCUACAACAUCCCCAACCUGCAGGGCCGUGCUGCCGCCUGCAGGACCAACCUGCCCUCCAACACAGCCUUCAGGGGCUUCGGUGUGCCCCAGAGCAUCAUGGUCGUGGAGAACAUGGUCAACGACGUGGCUGUGGUGCUGGGACGCCCCGCAGACGAGAUUCGGGAGAUCAACAUGUACAAGGGGCCGUCGGCCACGCACUACAAGUUCGAGUUCAGCCCGGAGAACAUGCUGCGCUGCUGGGAAGAAUGCAAGGUCAAGUCUGACUACAGCGCCCGCCGCAGAGAUAUCGACAAGUUCAACCAGCAGAACCGCUGGAAGAAGAGGGGCAUGUCCAUCAUUCCCAUUAAAUAUGGAAUUGCAUUUGGGGAGGGCUUCUUAAACCAGGCUGCAGCUCUGGUCCACAUCUAUAAAGACGGCUCUGUUUUGGUCACUCAUGGUGGGACGGAGAUGGGACAGGGAAUCCACACUAAGAUGCAACAGGUGGCGAGUCGGGAGCUCCACAUCCCGUCCUCUAAGAUCUACAUCAGCGAAACCAGCACCAGCACUGUCCCCAACGCCUGCCCCUCUGCUGCCUCCUUCGGUACCGAUGCCAACGGCAUGGCGGUCAAGAAUGCCUGUCAGACUCUGUACAAAAGACUGGAGCCUGUAAGACAGAAGAACCCCAACGGAUCAUGGGAGAGCUGGACAACGGCAGCGUUUUUUGACAAAAUCAGUUUGUCAGCCACCGGCUACUACAGGGGUCCGGACCUUUACAUGGACUGGGUGAAGAUGGAGGGGCAGCCUUAUGCUUACUAUACGUACGGAGUGUGUUGCAGCGAGGUGGAGCUGGACUGUCUCACGGGAGACUACAGGACGGUGAGGACGGACAUCAUGGUCGACCUCGGUAGAAGUGUGAACCCCUCAGUCGACAUCGGCCAGAUCGAGGGAGCCUUCAUGCAGGGUUUAGGUCUCUACACUCUAGAGGAGUUGAAGUUUUCCCCCUCUGGGCUCCUGUACACUCGAGGUCCGUCUCAGUAUAAGAUCCCCGCGGUGUGCGACGUGCCGCUUUGCUUCAACGUUUACCUGCUGUCGGACUCCGACAACCCCCACGCCAUCUACUCCUCCAAGGGUAUCGGAGAACCCAUCCUCUUCCUGGGCAGUUCGGUGUUCUUCGCCAUUAAAGACGCUGUGGCUGCAGCCCGAGCCGAGUCCGGUUUAGUCGGCCCAUUCUCCCUGCACAGCCCAGCGACACCGGAGAGGACAUGUCUGGCUUGUGCCACCCCGUUCACUCAGAAGAUUCCAGCCAGCAAACCGGGAUCUUUCAAACCAUGGGCCUUAAACAUCUAAAAUCUGAUCGAGGGGUGCUCAGCAACUACUCCAUGUACGAAGGCUCAGUCCUCGCCGUGGCGGCCCAGGGUUCGAAUCCGACCUCUGGCUCUUUCCGGCAUGUCAUUCCCUGUCACUCUGUAUCGAAUAAAGCUAAAAAAUAUAUCUCAAAAAAAAAAAAAAAAAUCUGAUCAAACUGAAGCUAAACCAACUGUGAACUAAAUGAAACUAACAAACAUGAAGUGAACCACUUUACUAACACUCUAAUGUAACUG